UCGCGCUGCUGCUGUUGUUUAUAGUAGUGCGAGUUAAUAGUAGUACGGAGGUGCACCGAUCGGGAUAAGAAAUCAAAUGCUGAAAUAAUCUGGUUUUGUUGAAAAAAAAAGAAAAAAAAAGUCAGGAUUGGACAUCGGUAACUCAGGUAAGUUGUUUUAAAAUGCCUUUGCUGGGGAAGAUAGUGGUGAUCAAGAGGAACGGAGGAGAUGGCACUGAAUUUCCCCUUACUGCGUCCUGUCUGUUUGGAAGGAUGCUGGACUGUGAUAUUCGAAUUCAGCUGCCACAAGUGUCAAAAGAGCAUUGUAGAAUUGAGCUGAAUGAGAAUAAAGAGCUUAUUUUGACAAAUUUAAGCUCUGUGAACCCCACACGUGUUAAUGGAGAAGUCCUACAACAGUCUGAACGUUUAAAACAUGGUGAUCUCAUCACAAUCAUUGAUCGUUCUUUCAGGUUUGAGUAUCCACCUCCAAAAACACCAAAGAAAAAGAGGCUGUCCACAGCUGGAAACGACAAAACAGUUCAGGAAAAAAACACCCCUGCUCCUUUGGAGAAAAGGAAAUCGGAGAAUUCCUUUGAAACUUGUUUAAAAGAUGGGUCCAAUUUGCCCCCAUCUAUGGAUCAAACUGUUGAGACAGCAGAAGAUGGCAAAUUUAAGAAGGACAGUAUGUCUCCAUUCUGUGAGCUCUACCAAAUGGUUAAACAGGACUUGGCUGCUAAAUCUCCGUGGAAGCCUGGGCUAACGAAGACACCUAUUGCAAGACCUCAGGUUGACCAUGAAGAGCAUGUCAGGGAUGAGCAAGAAGUUCCCACGGCAGAUGUUAAAAGUACUCCUAAACGGGUCACAACCCCAUCUACUAAGAAGCGAAGAUCCUCAUUUCUGGAGGAGAAACCUGCUGAAGAUAUGCCAUCUAUAGGGUCUAGCACCCCAGAGAAAAGCUUAACUCCUGUGUCUCAGAAAAAGAGAACACCCUCAAAAACACCUCAGAAGUUCAGCGCCGGUGAGGUAGUCCAGCAGAUUCUCAUAGAGGAGAAAACACCCAAAUCCCCGAAAGGAAGCCGAAGCAAUGGAUCUCAGGAUCAGAGCAUUGUUCUCCAAAUAUCUUCAUGUCAACCUCAGACUCCAGGCCCAGAGGGUAAGAACAUUGAUGUGAAAAUGUCACCAAGAACUUCCCCAAGAGCAAAUGCUGGCAAAAGGUUUCAAGUUCAAGAUGUUCUGCAUGAGAUUAAGACCACCACACCGGUUUCCAAGGACAAAGAUAACACAUCAGUUAAUGAGCAGUGUGAUGCUAACAAAUCGCUCUCUGAUGUAACCGCUCUUAAUGUAAAGAGAAAGCGGGUUUCCUUUGGUGGGCAAUUGAGUCCAGAGCUCUUUGACAAGAGGCUGCCCCCCAAUUCCCCCCUCCGCCGCGGAUCAACCCCAGGGCGACGCAGUUUAGGACUUUCACAAAAACCCCAGUCUCUCCUACGGAGAGCAUCGACCAUUGGUCUUUUGGCCCUUCGAUUUGAAGCAGUUGCUAAGGCUCAAAAUAGUGCUUCAAAGAAAGCAUCACCUAAACGGGCAGCAUCAGCAGUGAAGACUCCAUCACCUGCCAAGAGGUCACCAAAUACCAAGGCUAAAACUCCAUCACCAAAACGUCAAAAGUCACCUUCUGGUGCAACCAGAGUACCCUCAUCAUCCUCUUCCCCUGCUACACCUGCAUCUGCUCGAAGGGCUUCAAACUCAAUGAUCAAGGUUUUGGGUGAUGGAUCUGUAACCGAAACGCCUAGAGCGCAGGGGCGGUUUUCAAUCUCUCGUGUUAGCACUCCAUCACCUGUCCAGGAUCAGGAGGAAAAGAGUGAAGUGGAGCCAACCAUCGUAGACAGUGUGCCUCAGGAGUCCGUAACACCAAAGAUCCCGUUACGAAGGAAGAGCAUGAAAUCUUCUGCACGAAAAACCCCCAAAAGUGCUAUUAAAAGUAAACUUGAUGUCAUGCGUUCAAGACGCAGUGGAGCAUCACUGGCUAAUCUGAAAGUGUUGACCUCUUGGGCUGAUAUUGUGAAGUUUGGUCAGACCAAACCCCAAACAGAAGUCACAGCUAAGAAAAAAAUUAUGAAGGGCAGAAUGGUCAAGAGAACUAUAGUAUCAAAACUCAAGACCCCUGCACGAAGGCUGAAGGAUGACGUCAGCACUGGACAUGCGGCAUCUCCAGCCACCAUUGUUGUUGGCAAGGCCCAUAUGAGGACUAACCAGCCUAUUGGUGCCGCACCUAAAAUAGUGCCCAACAUGGCACUAUUCAAAAAGGACAUGAAAAUGGAUGAGGAUUUUACAGGUGUUGCUGACAUUUUUAAAACUCCAGCCAACAGUAAAUCUAAGAAUGUAGUUUCCAUGAAAAAUGCAUGUCCAGAGACCCCUGUGGAUGAGAUGUCAAUUAUGAAAACACCCGAAGAAUCUGGUGAAAUGAUGGUAUCUCCAUUGAGCGUAGUCUCUGCAGCCAAAUGCGGACGUUACAACAAUGAAGCAGUAACACGACUUCUGAACAACCAGGAUGGUAGUUUAAUGGAAGACACAAAUGACGCAUAUGCCCAUGAAAUCAUUCCAGCUAAGGAGAUACCCACUGUUGACCAAAUGGAGGAAGAGAAGGCUACCCCUGAAACGCCAGUCAGAGCUCCAAAAAAGGAAGCAGCACCAUCCCUAUGCCUCACUGGAGUCAGAAAACUCAUGAAGACACCCAAACAAAGGGCUGAACCGAUUGAGGACUUGAGAGGCAAGCUACUGAAGACCCCCAAGGAAAUGAAACCUGCCCAGGAGGAAAGCCUAGAAGGUGUUAAGGAACUCCUAAAGACACCCAAACACAGGGGAGCUCCAGUAGAAGACAUGGUUGGAGUAAAAAGAGUGAUGCAGACACCAAAAGAGAAGAGUAACCCUGUAUUGUGUGCGGCUGGUCUUCAAAGGCUCUUGAAAACGCCAAAGGAAAAGUCUGAGCAAUGCGAAGACCUCACUGGGGUGAAAGAACUGAUGCAAACACCGAAAUUAGAGAGAGAGCUGGUGGAGGAUACUUCUAGGGUGAAAAGAUUGAAGACCCCUAAACAGAAGAGAGAACAAGUUGAAAAGGAGCAAACUGGUGUUCAACAGCUAAUGAAGAUGCCCAAGCAGAUGAGAGAACAAGUUGAAGAGGACCAAACUGGUGUUCAACAGCUGUUGAAGACACCUAAGCAAAAGAGAGGACAAGUUGAAGAGGACCAAACUGGUGUUCAACAGUUAAUGAAAACCCCAAAAUGCAAAGGGGAACCAAUUGAGGAUCAGCUGGGCGUAAAGAGGCUGAUGAAGACCCCCAAGAAGAAGGCUGAGCCUGUAGAGGACUUAACUGGUGUGAAGCAGUUAAUGCAGACUCCAAAGCAAAAAGGUGAACCUGUUAACAAUCAGUUUGGAAUCAGUGAACUGAUGAAGACUCCUCAAUUGAGAGGAGUGGUGGCAGUGAAGGAUUUCACUGGCUUUAAAGAGCUUGAGGAUCCAGAGAGCAGCUUCACCCUAAUAACACAAAGUGGUGUGACUGAGCCUACUGAGAUACAAGAGCCUAUGGAAGCUGUGGAGAGGGAUUCUGCUUUGCCAGCUGAAGAUGUUGAAGAAUGUGACAAAGAAAAUGUCUGUCCAGUUGAAACCAUGGAAACUGAAGUUGUAAAAUCAUUGGAAUCACAGUGCACUGCUGAAGCAGUUGACUCUAAACACGAUCGGGAGAUUGUAAUCCACCCUGACCAGAAUGAAAAGAAGCCUGUUUCAAUUGAAGUUAUUGAUGUCUGUUCUUCUGAGGUGGAUGGAGAAACCAAAGAGCAGUCUGAAGAAACUGUUUGUGCCUCUGAAAAUAACAGAGUAACUGAUGCUACUUCAUCUUCAUCCACAGCUGAGGAGGAAGGGGUAAGCAAGUCUUUACCUGCCAACAAAAUCCAGCGUAGCAGUCGAGGAAGAGCAGCACAUAAACCUAAAAAUGUUAACAAUUCAGAAGUGGAUAAAGAAGAGCUGGUCCAAGCCCAUGUUUCUAGACCUGGCAGGAGGAAGAAGACUAAUAAUGAAAUUGAAAGCCAACUUUCUCAAGAGCAUGAACAGAAAAUAACUGAAAAUGUUUGUGAAGAAACUGCUAUUGCACCAGAGGGUGGUGUUGUACUUGAGACAUCAAUAAGUACUGAGGCUCCUGUCACUGCAACUAGAGCUAGGAAGGGAAGGCCAACUAAGAAGGGCAAUGUGAACACUGAGUCCACCCAUACUUUGGGAAGUGAUAUGACAACCACUCAUGCUGCUGUAGUGGCUGAGAAGGCACUGACUUCUGUAGCAAAUUCAGGACAGGGAAGGAUGGCUAGAAAAGGAACCGUCAAGGACCAAGCUUUGGAUGAUGAGCCCAUGGUUGUUGCCCAAACUGUGGCUGAGACCAAUGUUGACAGUAAAGAGCACGAAGCACCUCUAGCAAAGUCAAGGCGAGGUCGGAAGGCUACAGAAGAAACUAUUAAGGAUCAAACUCUUGAUGAUCAUCCAAAGAUUGUUCUAGAAACCGUUACUGAAGUCAACAUCAACAAUAAAAAAGAACCUGAACCACCUGUAGCAAAGUCAGGACGUGGAAGGUUUGCUAGAAAAGGAACUGUCCAGGGCCUGGCUUUGGAUGAUGAUCCCAAGGUUGUUGGCCAAACUGUGGCUGAAACCAAUUUUGACAGUAAAGAGCCCGAAGCACCUCUAGCAAAGUCAGGGCGAGGUCGGAAGGCUACAAAAGAAACUAUUAAGGCCCAAGCUCUGGAUGAUCAUCCAAAGGUUGUUCUAGAAACUGCUACUGAAGCCAACAUCAACAAUAAAGAAGAACCUGAACCACCUGUAGCAAAGUCAGGACGUGGAAGGAUGGUUAGAAAAGGAACUGUCAAGGACCUGGCUUUGAAUGAUAAUCCCAAUGUUGUUGGCCAAACUGUGGCUGAGACCAAUUUUGACAGUAAAGAGGAGCAUGAAGCACCUAUAGCAAGACGAGGAAGGAUGACUAGAAAAGGAGCUGUCAAGGACCAAGCUCUGGAUGAUCACAAGGUUGUUCCCCAAACUGUGGCUGAGACCAGUGUUGACCAUAAAAAGGAGAAUGAAGUGCCUGUAGCAAGGCGAGGAAGGAUGGCUAGAAAAGGAGCUGUCAAGGACCUAGCUGAGGAUGAUUCCAAGAUUGUAAACCAAACUGAAGCUGAGACCAGUGUUGACAGUAAAGAGGAGCAUGAAGUACCUGUUGGAAGACAAGGAAGGGUGGCUAGAAAAGGAACUGUCAAGGACCAAUCUCUGGAAGAUGAUAACAAGGUUGUUACCCAAACUGUGGCUCAGACCAGUGUUGACAGUAAAGAGGAGCAUAAAGCAACUGUAGCAAGACGAGGAAGGAUGGCUAGAAAAGGAACGGUCAAGGAUCAAUCUCUGGAUGAUGAUCACAAGGUUGUUGCCCAAACUGAGGUUGAGGAUAAUGUUGACAUUAAAGAACCUCAAGAAACUGUAGCAAAGUCAAAGCGAGGAAGGACGACUAGAAAAGAAACUUUCAAGGACCAAGCUCUGGAUGAACAUACAAAGGUUGUUCUCCAAACUGUUGUUGAGGACUGUGUCGACAGUAAAAUGCCUGAAGCACCCCAUGUCAAGUUUGGCCGAGGACGAAAGGCCAAACAGCAAAAACCACAGACAGCUGAAGAGGUUGUUCUCCAGCCUGAUGUAGACACCAGCACACAUGUAGCUGUGAUUGAAGAACACCCUGAAACUGUGGUGAAAUCUGUUAGAGGAAUUAGGCAGACAAAGCAGUCAAAAGCGAAGAUUUCAGUAGAGGCUGAGGAGAAUGUUGUCAGCAUGGUAGAGCAAGUAGAGGUCUCGGUGGUGAAAUCUGUUCGAAAAAGGGGAGUGAUUGCAAAAGGAUCUGAAAUGGAGAAAGAAGUUCCUGUCAAAAGAGGUCGCCGUGCUAUUUUGGACCCUGCACCUCCAGUUGCUGUAGUGUCCAGUCGUGGACUUAAGGCUGUUAAGGCAGAGCCUGAGGUUACUGCAGAUCCAGCUUCAACUGAAGAGCCUGUUAAGCCCAUAAAACAUUCCAGGCAAGCAGCAAAAGUGCCUGAAUCAAAAGAGAAAAAUACCAAAACUGAGGUUAGUUCUGAACAUGUUACUGCUGAGAACACAGCUGUGGCACUGAAGAAGGUGGAAAGAGGAAUUCGAGGCAAAAAGUGUUCAACCAAGGACACCUCUAACACUCCAAUUAAUGAAUCUGCUACAGCUGAUAAAGCUGAUACAAUGAAACCCACAAAAACUGUUAACUGUAACCCAGAUUUAGUGACAUCUAAAGACACUGAUGAAUUUGAACCUUCUGAAGAUGUAAAAGAGCCACAGCUGAAAAAAUCUAAAAAGUUUUGCAAAUUACCAGCUGAGACAACCUCCAAAGAAACUAAUCGGUCAAUUGAUCAGGCAUCCAAAGGCCGCAAAGGGAGGGGUACUAAAAAAGAUGAACCCUCUGUUGAAGACACUCAAGAAAAAGCCAAGGUAAUAGUCAAACCAUUGAGGUCAGGAAAGGCUGCAACUGCAGCUAUAUCAGAGCCCAAUGAUAGUAAGGCAUCAACUCUUCUUAAGAGGAAAAGGAAUGAGGUGUUGGAGGCAACUGAUGACUCUGAUAAGAAACCUUUGCCGAAGAGAAGAGGCAGAGUAGCCAACAGCUCUGAAGUUGCAAGAGAGGUUUCUAUCUCUAGCAAAGAGAUGAAAGGCAAAGCCAGCAAGACAUCAUCUCAAGAUGAAGCAGAAAAAAGUGAAGCUACUCCCAAGAAGAAUGGUAAAAGAACAAGUGGACUGAGAAAGACUGCCCAGGAACUUGAUCCAGCUCCUGCCCAGACUCAGGAGUCUCUUUCAGGGAGAACCACUCGAAAAGGAAGAAGUUUGAAGAAAGCAGAGGCAGACAUUUCUACAAAGGCAGCUCCCGUUAGGUGCACCAGGAGGAAGUAAAGCACUGAUCUUACAGAGUGGUCUUAAACCUUUUAAUCUUAAGUUUGGUUUGUUUGUUUUUUUUUUAGAUAUUGGUCUAUUUGACUUUGGCAUAUUUUUCUGUGUACGUGUUUUGUUUUUUUGGGGGGGGGGGUUUUAAGCUGAUUUUAUAUUUAGGGAAAAAAUGGCUAAUGGAUGUGUAUAUUUUAUCAUAUUGUUUUGUAUUUGUGUUCUCCCCAUUCCCCUGUUAAACCCUGAAAGGGGCAUUAAAAAAAAUUUUCAAGCACUGUAUAUGGGCUGAUUUGUUUUAAAAAAAAAAAUAAUGUAUGUAUAUUAAAUCUAUUAUUAAAUGUUCCAAAAUAUUACAA